GACAUGCCUCUCUCAAAAUCCGGAAGAGCCAAACCCUAGGUCUCUUUUUCUUCAGAUUCUUACCAGACAUUCUCUCUCCAUUCCACUGACUUUGAUUUCUAGGGUUUUUCCGAUAGCUUGGACGAAAGGAUCAACGUCAUUUCCCUCCAUUCUCCGAUUCGCAUCCAAACCCCAGCUCUCUUCAAAGAUCGAGCAUCAUGAAGCAUGGAACACAAAAGAUGUGAGGAAAGCAGGCAGAGUGCUUUGGAUUUCAAGUGUAAAAAAAUUCUGCCCGGUAUGGAGAAAUCGAGUAUUUCGGAUCUUGUAGCCAUCCAAAUUGUGAAUGUAGAUGAGAUCUCAGAUAUGGAAAGUAACCUUGCAUCGCAAACACCAGAAAAGACAAUCCAACCUCCAAGAAGUAAGAACAAAGGAAGCAAGUUGCCCAUUCGAGCCUUAGGAAAUUUUUUUGAGGAUUUUCAAAAUGCAGAUGUCGGAACUCAAGCGGCACAUGAGAAUCCCAAAGACAACAAUGACAAAGACGUCUCUAUUUCUGAAUCGAUUCCUAAUGUGGUCUGGGAUUUACAAAAACAUGAAGAAAAUGAACUCCCAAACAAAUAUGAGAUAAUUGCUGACUUCUUUGAUCGUAUGGAGACUUCUGCAAGGUUGCUCAGUCUUUGUAAUAAGUUGCCUAGUUUUCAGAACAUUUGUGUGCAGGUUGAAAUCUUGACUAAAAGGAAAUUCUUAUAUACCCAUCUUGCACAGAUUAAGCACAUAUUUCCUGAAGCCAUUCAAAUUGAGAAAAUCCUCACACAUGAUGAGAGCACCCUGUGCAUGAAGCCAGACAUGAAGAUUACUCUAUUAGCGGAUGUGUUGGAAGGCCAUCUGGACCAAUCUCCAUCUAUGUCUUUGCGGAAGGCUUUUCGUGCAAGGCUUUUGGAAUUCUUCAGCAAGCAUCCUGAGGGCGGAGACAUCCCAGAGGCCUUGCUACCAGAGCCAUUCAACCAAAGAAACCAUACCAUACUGCCGGAACUAUUGCCCGUGGGGUUAUCCACAAAAUUACAUCAGCCAACCUUUGUUGGAUCAGAGCAUUUAUCAAACUCUUCUCAUUUGUCUACAAAUUUCUGUAGGCUAUUCUCUCAGAAAAUUGUCCCAGAAACAGAAAAGACUCCACUGUUAGCAUCCCCAGUUCCCAUCACGUCUGUAACCACUGCCAGUGAAAACCUCCAAUGCAUUGAAAGCCCUGUGAAGAAGGAAGUCUUUUCUGCUGCUUCUGCUUCUGCUUCUGCCAGCAUUAAGUCCCCCGCUGAGCUUAUCUUCAGCCCCGGUCACUCGAAUUCUCAUUUUUCUGGAAGCACUCCUUCAAAACUUGUCUCAACUCCUGAGAAAUUGAUGACAGAAACACCAGCGCAGCCAACACCAAUACGGUCGGUGCCCACCCCUGAUGACAACGUCACCACAGAGACUGUGAUCUUGAGUCAUUCAGCUCGAAGGAGGGCCUUAAUCUUCUCCUCACCCUCAAAAUCUGAGAGAAGUGAAUCAAGUGAUUCAAAAACAAUGGUUGGUGCAACAGAACAAAACAGAGCUACAAGCAGUUUUAGACCUGAAGCUGUAACAAUGAAAGCAUCUCAUAUGGAAGAAGGAUCUUCUGCUAUGCUUCAGCAAAUGGUAGAAGAGAAUGUGAGCGUCACUGCUACGGAUUGCAAGAUAAGUCGAACUGGUUUUGCGAAGCGCCAGCAUACGCUCUCUUGCUUGCCUGGCCUCUUUAAUACUGUCUGCCGUAUAUUUCGAUCUGCCAACUGUUCCUCAAUUACAAAACAGGAGCUUGUUCAUAAAAUACUCUUGCAUAAUUGUGAUAUCAUUGAGACAGGAGAAGUUGAAGAACAAUUGAAGCUGCUAGAAGAGUUGGUUCCAGAUUGGAUUUGUGGAAAGAUGGUGUCUAGUGGGGAUUUUCUCUAUUGUAUCAGAAAAUUUUCAGAUCCUAACUCUAUUCUUGCAAGGCUUGUAGAAGCUGUGUGAACAGGCUGCAAUAGAGGUAUUCCUUCUUAUCUCUGUCUGUGCUUAUUAGCCGAAACUUCUUUUAAAAAAAAAAAGAAGUAAGAAAGAAAGAAAAGAAAAAUACAUUUUCUGAUGUGCUUGUAUUCUGCGAUCUAUUGUUGUGAGCUUAGUUCCUUGUACAACAUUUUGAAGCUUUCCUUGAAGUAGCCUGGGCACAGGCAUUUAUAUUACCCACAUAUUUCCUU